UAGACAGAAAAAUAAGAAUUAAUGGUGACUAUUCUGUCCCCCUCCCCUAGUAGCUUUACUGAACGGAAGAGACAAAUAUUCAUUUGCCUAGAUUAACGUUACAUAAGCCAAUAGAAGAUAUAAAUUAAUUGAAAUUAUACCUUUAAUGAAUUUUAAGGUGAACACUUUCAUACAGAAUUAACAGUUAACGUUAUCUUCCUUAAUGACUUCUGAAAAGUCCUUAGAAGAAAUGCAGUAUCACUGUAUGGCACAUUGUUAAGAUGUCUUAAUCAGGAGAACCAACACAGGAAAUUUAGAAACACAAGUAUAUAGCAAAUCAACGCACACAGAUGAAAUACUCAACUAUACUAGCAAUAAUUCAAUUCCUCACAAAAGAAACUGUGUGCAUACAUUGUUUAGAAGAGUUCAAACACAUUGUAGCACUCCAGAGUUGAAAAGAAUGGAAGAAAAAUACUUACAAACAGUCUUCAAGAGGAAUGGUUAUUACUAUUACUCUAUUACUCAUGGAAAACUUUAAUCAGUUCACUUUAUGCUGGAAAUUGCGCUGAAGAUGUUGUCCAGAAGGACGACGAAAGCUCCGCAACUAAACCAACCAUUUUAGAGAACACUACUAAUUGCAAACCACCCACUUUGCUACAGAUCUUUUCUAUUAUUUCAUAAACUAGAAUAUUUUGUUUAGUGGGCUUUAUGGGAUCUUUUAUCGGCAUAAUUUCUUUUAGAGUAAACUUGUGCGUGUAUAUUCCUCUUUUUUAGUGCUUUGUUAAGAAUCCAAACUAAGGUUUCAGGUGUUCUCCUUGGUUUGGAAGCACUCUUUAUGUUUUAAAUUUUCUAGUUUUGAUGUCGUCAUCUUCCUGUGUAUAUUCUUCAUGAAUGUCAGCUUCAUUAUUUUUUUAGUUUCCUAUAUGCUUCUUGAUUAACUAAUCAGUGUAAUUAUGAAGUUCUAAAACUUCUUUUACGUGUCUUACCUAAAAUGACGACGUAUUAGCCUAAUUUUCUAUUUGCAAUUAUUCGUUAAGCGUACUUGAUUCCUGAUCACUACUAUUUUAAAACCUGAAUUGCUUUAGUCCAUACGUUAAUGCAUUCAAACUACCUUCAUUCAUGGCGUUUAAAAUUUAUUCGUGAUUAUUUCCUAGCGUUUUGAAUAUCUUUACAAUUUGGUUUAAAAUUAUCUCUUUACAACAAAGUCUUGAAACAUCUAUUUGUCUUAUAACAUCAACUAAACCAAAUACUAUUUGUCAACAUCAUGUAUAAAACCAUUUCUUCCUCAGAAAAUAUAUCCACCGUCUUUCCAUGGAUAGAAUGUUUCCCGCAAACUGUGCUAAGAAGCUAGACAAGUAUCGGUGGGGGAGGAGGCAAUCUCAAACAGGUCAUAAUGUUCAGUCAAGUUCAACUACUCGUACCGAAUCCACUAAAAACGUGAGAAAACAGAAAAUGCAAGUCGAGUCACCUUCAUCAAGCUCAAAAAUAACGGAUUCGUCAACCACCUUUAAGCUACAAUCUCAUGUUCUCCUUAGUAUAGUAGAAGGUAGAGGUCCAUCACUUGGUGUUAUUGGUAUCGCUACAAUUGAUAUAUACAGGGCAAAUGUUGAAUUAUCACAGUUUAGAGAUACUAGUAGCUACAGUAGAACACUUGUCAAGUUACUGGUAUACUGUCCUGCUGAGAUUUUACUUCCUAGAUCCGGUUUGGAGCCGAACAGUUGUAUGCGAAAACUUGUAAAACUUCUGCAAUCUCUAAAUAUUGGAGCAACUUUUAAUGGAGUUAACAGAAGUCAUUUUAAUGAUACAAACGGUUUAGAUUAUCUAAGAAGAUUAUGUCACCCUUAUUACAUCCCAUCAAUAUAUGCUAUUGGUUCGAAAUUCUACGCUCUUUCAGCAUUAUCAGCACUAUUUAAUUAUGCAGAAGAAAUGUAUGGAAUUAUGUAUGCUCCAAGAUCGAUGAAAUUUGCAUUUACUGGAUCCGUUAAAUCCACUAUGAUAGAUGUUAAAAGUGCAUACAACUUGCUUUUGGUUAGAAAUAGACGCAGUCGUUCAAGCAAAGGAAGUUUAUACGCAGCGGUAGACUAUACAUGCACAGCAAUUGGUGCUCGUUUACUCCGUACUAAUUUAUUAGAACCACCGUGUGAUUUGCCGACAAUUCUUAACAGACAAGCCUCAGUUCAUGAACUAAUUUCUUCUCCCGAAACCCUUUAUAACAUACAGCAAAUCUUACGUCAGUUCCCUAACAUCGAUAGUCUCCUGUCACUUUGUGUUCAAAUAUGUUCACCACAUAAGAUAUUUAAUCCGAGGGAUAAGACCGAUAACAGUAGUACUGAAACUUCGCAGGUGAAUAAAUCCAGUUCUGUUGAAAGCAGUCAAGAAACAAAUUCAUGCCAAUCAAAACCAACCAUGACAAAUACAGAUAAUAAUUGUACACCUACAACCAAAAAUGAAUCACUUUUGAUCCAUACAGGGAAAACGAGAUCGUCAGAUUUACAAUGUGGUGCACAUGGAAAGCAUUCAAGAUCAACACAUCCACUUCAUCAACCGUCAACAUCAUCCAAUUCAGAGAGUAAUUAUGGCAAUGAAUUAAUUCAUAUUAAAAAGGCAGUUAGUGUACAGGCUGCUGAAUCACGAAUUACUAAAGUUAUAGGAAUCAAGUAUAUGCUAGAUCUUGUCAAGUUACUAUACAGUGCAAUGGGUGAUGUUAAUUCUGCUUUACUGAAAACAUACAAAAUGCUUUUGCAAGAUCCAGAAUAUGAUCAAGUCUUAGAGACUCUUUGCUCAGUGUUACACAAAGAUGUACGGAUGUCGAAAGGAAUGUUAGCCAUGCGAACACAAAAGAUUUUUGCAAUCAAGGAAGGACUAAGUGCACUGUUGGACGUUACACGCCAAGCUUAUGCAGAGCAGUUAGAUGACAUAACAAGUGAGGUCAACAGACUUGCACGUCAUUAUGAUCUUCCUCUACGAUUAUCGCACACUAAAGCUCGCGGAUUUUACAUUCAAAUACCUGAGGAUGCAUUAAAAAACUACAAAAAACCGUCUUCACCAGAGGUAGUUCAUGAGGGAUCAUCGGCUUCAAAUCAUGAUAGUUUAUCUAAUGAAAACAAAUUCUCAGAUGAGAACGAUGAUGACAGCCAAAAUUUCAGAAGAUUUUCUCCACGUUCCGAAAGUAAUAAAGGUUACUGUUCCUCAACUAAUACAACACCAAAAAAGAACGAUUCACCACUUCAAAAUCUCCCGGAUGAAUUCAUAGUCCUUAUUACAUCAAGACGUAUUGUACAAUGUACAACAGAAACACUUAUCCGUCUUAAUGAACGUAUUAAAGGAUGUCUUUUUGAAGUUUAUCAUGUUUCUGAUCAAAUAAUUUGUGACUUAAUUACGCGUCUGCAUCCAGAUAUGGCAUUGUUUUAUCGUAUAUCUGAAGUGGUAGCUAGCUUGGAUCUGCUUGCUUCUUUCGCCAGAAUGUCAAUGAGUUGUUCCGCAAGAGAUCAUUUUGUUUAUCCAAUAUUCACUGAUGUACUUGGCAUUAAAAAUGGACGAAAUAUUAUUACAGCUCAGAAAAGACGAUCCCUGUGCAUAGCAAAUCAUACAUAUGCAUCAGCUGAAUCAAAUUUUCAUAUUAUAACAGGGCCACCUAUGUCUGGUAAAACAACCUACCUGAGACAAAUAGCCUAUAUACAAAUUUUAGCACAAAUAGGUUGUUUAGUACCGGCUGAAUUUGCUGCAGUAAGAAUAGCUGAUCAUAUAUUCUAUCACAAAGGUGGAAAAGAUAAUCUAAUGUUAGGGGAAUCAAGCUUUACUAACGAGAUAAGAGGGUUGAGAUAUAUUCUACAAAACUUUUCACGAUCAUCCAUCAUCUUAAUUGACGGCUUAUGUCACAAUACAAAUCCUGAUGAAGCAAGACAUCUGAACAUAGCAAUCUGUGAAGCACUUUUGCAACAUAAAGCAUUCACAUUUUUUGCUAGCAGUCGACAUGAAAUGACAUUUUUAACCUCUGUCUAUCCAAAUGUAGAAAAUUAUUAUUUUUCAAUACAUGAAGAAUCAAUAAAUGAUGAUUAUCGUGGACAUCAUACAGUUGAUCUGGACAGCAGUGCAACAUCGAGUGUUAAUUGUAGCACUCUUACUAUAGAAUCUCCAUUGGUUCAUAGUUUUUCUGAGACACACGAUAGCUCCAGAAUAAAAAAAUGGAGAAAUUAUUCUGGAUUGUUGGCUUCAUAUACCUGUGAUUCUACUCGAAUUACAUUCACAUAUAAACUAGUUAAAGGGAAACCACCCAAAGUUUUGUAUGCUGUUGAACUUGCCAAACAUUUUGCUGUUCCUCAAAAAGUAUUAGACCGAGCUGAAGAACUUCUGCGAAUGUAUAUCUCAGAACAAAGUGCUAGUGAUGGGAAUCGAAUAUUGAUGCCUGGAAUGCACAAAGAUGCAAAAAAUGCAGAUAAGAAUUCUUACUCUCCAUUAAAAGGCGUACGAAAACAAGUAAUGAAGACUGAUUUGGAUGAAACAACUUCAACUUCUUUCAGUCAUGCGACAAGAAAAUCAGAUAGUAACAAUGAUGAAAAAAAUCAGGAGAUACUCAGUGUUCACUUAUCAGCAAUUGAUCGACUAGAAAAUGAAUUAUACAGACAGUUAGAAAUGAUUUCAAAAGCUUACGAAAAUAUGAACACAAUGCGACAUCUAUCAGAUUCAGAAAAAGAUAAAAUUAAGAGAGAGAUAGAAAAUUAUAUUCAAUUCUUGAGUUGUCGCUACAAUGCAGUUUUAAACAAGUCAAACAAUGAAGAGGAAGAUGAAGAAGACGAUGACGACGACGACAACGAGGAAAACGAAGAAUAGAAAUCUUGACAGGAUUAAUACAACGAUAGCAUCUUCAACAAGUUUCUCUUUGGGGGGAGGGGGAUACAAAAUUGUUGUUCAUAUUUUUCAAAAGAAAACUUUUCAGUAACAAAAUCAUUAAAUUUCGUUAGCUUUGUUUUCUUAAAAACUUCUUUAUUACUUUAAAUAUGGAUUUGUACACUGAAUACAUUAUAUUGAUAUUCUACCUCUUUUCAGGUAAACGGCGAGACAUUUACAACUUUUUUUCGUGUCAGUCAACUUAUAAUGCUGAAUAAAGUGCAUUAACUAGUG